CCUCACUUCUCCUUAACUACUUCAACCUCCUAUACUUCCACUGCGCAUGCACAAGCACACCGUUCUCCGCGCACACCACGUAGCGAGUAGGUUCACAAAAAAAAUGGCUUGCUUCCAAGCUGCAACAUUGUCUCUCGUUGUGCUAAGCAUAGCUAUAUCUGCCGUCGUCAUCUCGACGGAGGCCGCGGACGCUGUUGUUGACGCGCCGAGCCCAGCUCCGUCGGGGCCUCUCAACCUGACCGAGAUCCUCAGGAAGGCCACCCAGUACAACGCGUUCGUUCGCCUGCUCAAGGACACCGAGGUGACCUCGCAGGUGACCAGCCUGCUCGACAGCGACCGGAACGCCGAUGGGCUGACGGUGCUGGCCCCGACUGAUGCCGCGUUCGGGGCGCUGAAGCCCGGCACGCUCAACCGGUUGGACGCGCAGGCGCAGUCGCAGCUGGUGCUGUUCCACAUCCUGCCCAAGUACUACAGCUUCGUGUCGUUCGAGACCACGACCAACCCGGUGCGCACGCAGGCCUCCAGCCAGCACGGAGUGUGCACCGUCAACGUGACCAGCGGCGGCGAGCAGCAGGUAAACGUGUCGUCGGGGCUGAUAGAGGCCACGCUCGGGAAGCCGCUCUACUCGGCGUACCCGCUGGCCGUGUACUCCGUCGACAAGGUCCUGCUCCUGCCAGAAAUCUUCGGUCGCAGCGCCGUGAAGGAUGGAGCAGAGGCGCCGGUAGCGGCAAGAAAGCCGCAGAAGCAAACCCCGUCGGCGACGGCGACAGGUGCUGCGGCUGAUGAAGCUCCUGCUAAGGAGGCAGAUGCGAAGGCCGAGGCGGGAGCCAGUACAAGGACCGGGUUGCCGGCUUUUGCGGCGACUAUAACCGGGGUGGUCCUGAGCCUUCUCACUGGUUAAGCGAAUGCAGUCGAGCCACGUACAUGUGCCUCCGCAUUUUAGCUGUGUUCAAGCAACUUUUCACACCUUUUCAUCUGAUGUGCCCAAUCAAUAUUGUUAAUAUGUAUUAAUGUGAUAAUGUCAUGUUGUAUGCAUAUAUAUAAGCUAUUUUAACAAUCAA